AUGCAGCUGCUCUCGGAACUCGGUGGCCACCGGAACGUGGUCCGUUUCCUUGGCGCGUGCCUCGACGCGCAGCGCAUGUUCAUUCUGCUCGAGCUCUGCCCGAGCUCGCUGUCAGACCGGCUCUACAAGGAGGACACGGAUCUCAACGAGCACGAGAUGCUUGUCGUGGCGCUGGGCCUCUACUACCUGCACCACUGCGAGCCGCCCGUGCUGCACCUCGACCUCAAAUCGGCGAACGUGCUGCUUGACGAGUCAGGCACCGCAAAGGUGUGCGACUUUGGACCCUUCCACUCCAUGGAGGACGCUGCCAACAGAUUCGACCCGGCCGAGCGCUCGGGCAUCGGCUCUCCGCAGUGGAUUGCUCCUGAGAUCCUCAGGGGCGGCCGGUCCGACGUAAAGGCCGACUCGUACUCCUUCGGCGUGCUGCUCUACGAGGUGCUCGCGCGGCAGCUGCCGUAUGCAGGGCAGGACACCUCGACCAUCAUCAUCGGGGUCAUCACGCGGAUGCUGGAACGGCCGGCGCUCGAGCCCGCAGACGCAGCGCGCUGGCCGGAAUGUCUGCCUGAGCUGAUGGAGGAGUGCCUGCGAGAAGCUCCGGGCGAGCGACCUGAUGUCGAGGACCUUAUCGACAUGCUCGAGCUCAUUGCACCAGAGGCGGCGGAGUCAUCGCGUGCAGCGGCGGAGUCGUCGCGUGCAGCGGGGGACACGGAGGAAAUCAGA